AUGAAAUCGUCGAGUAGCGCCUCUGGUAUCUCAUUCAAGUCGCAAUUCCUCUACCUGAUCGUCUAUCUUACGCGCUACGUCGACCUGCUAUGGACCUUUUACGAGCCAAAGUCCCUCUACUUGACCGUGUUUAAAAUCAUCUUCAUCAGCACGUCUGCCUACACCGUCUACCUGAUGCUCAACGAUUACAAGCCGACCCACGACCCGAAUUUAGACACGUUUAAAGUUCAGUAUCUUCUGGGAGCUAGCGCUGUAUUGGCUGUUUUGUUUCCGUACAAGUACACAUUUUCCGAGAUUCUCUGGGCUUUCUCUAUCUGGCUAGAGUCGGUCGCGAUCCUGCCGCAGCUCUUUAUGCUUCAGCGGACUGGCGAGGCGGAGACAAUUACAACGCACUAUCUUUUUGCACUCGGCGCGUACAGAGCGCUGUACAUUCCCAACUGGAUCUACCGCUACUUCUUUGAAGUACCCAAGUUCUACGACCCCAUUGCCGUGAUUGCGGGUAUCAUUCAAACCAUCCUGUACUCUGAUUUCUUCUACAUCUACUACACAAAGUAA